CUGCGCACCCCUGCCUAAUUUUUAUUUUUUAUUUGUUGCGAUCGUCCUUUCAUGGUCCUCUAGUCGCCCGCCUUGCUGCUGUUGUCCUUUCCCUUUCCUUUUCCUUUUAUUGCUUGCUGGGAUUGAAUAUUUUUUGACCCCUUUCUUUUCUCUUCUUGAUACCGUCGAAUAUAUUUUUUGACAUUGUACCGAUUUUUUGAUCCCCCACCCCGCAAGGCAGAAGACCUUGUGUGAGCCUCCCGAAGGUAAGAGUUAGCGGACGCAGGAGCCACACACAUCUAGCAUACUUUUGAGCCAGCCGAGGGUGAAUUUACAGGAGGCAUCAGCUAUUCCAAUGUAGCAGCCCUUUUGUGACCCAUGCGAUGGUAAAAUUCAAAAAGGAGGCAGGGGGCUAUUGCCACGUGGGAGACCUUUUGUGAGCCUUCUGAAUGUAAAAUUUAAGAGGGUGCAGGGGCCAGUCCUAGGUAGCAGACGUUUUGUGAGCCACCCGAAUGUAAAAUUUAGAAGGCGCCAAGCAGACCAGCCAUGCGAGGGGAAGACUUAGAACAGGAAUGCACCAUUCCAAUGUAGUAAGAUGCCUCUGUGCGAAAGUGAGCCGCUGCGUACGCAAUCUGAGCGCUUGACACCGCUGCGCGGGGCGUAUCCUCGGUAACGUAAAGAUUAAAAGGCGUCGGUGCUUGCUGCUGGAAUCGAUCUUCUCAGAAAGCUGCUGGGAAGGGUUCUCCUUCAAGCACGGGUGCCAACUUCAGCUGUCUAACUAUCAUCUUUACCCUCGUCUUAGACUCUUGAUGGUUUAUCACCAUCGCCAUCAUCAUCAUCGUCAUCAUCGUAAACACUGUCAGCCUCACGAGCGCAAACGGUCAUUGUUAUCAUCAUGUUCAUCAUUCAUCAUCAUCAGCAUCAUCAUCAUCAUCAUCAGCAUCGCCGUCAUUGUCACCAUCAUAUGAAAUUGCAGGGGUGAUUGUCAACCGUCAUCACCCGCGCCGAUGCCUUGCCACGAAAUCUGCACAUCCAGUGCGCAAAGUGCCGCACUUGCCACAAAUUCUGCAACUGAAGGUGCUCAACGUGCUGCGCCUGCCACAGAAUCACCACAUGACAGCGCUACCAGAAAAAGAUCAGAAAAGAACCCUAAAGAACACGGUCAGCCGAAUAACGCGUCGAACUGCCCAAUUUGCAACAUAAAAACCAGUGACAAUUGUUUGGUGGAUUGUUCACAAAACGCAGAGGUCUGAGGAUGGACAGAGAUGGAAGAUGUUUGAGGGUUCCACGGUUCCAAGGAUUGAGUUUGUUGUGUGCGAACCAGGCGUUAAAGCGCUCUGAUGUGCUGAAGCUCCCAUGGCCAUCGCUCCGGAAACCACCGAAACCCAUGACGGAACAGCAUCUCAUUGAGCAGGUGCCUAGUUACUGUUGGCCAGGUCAAUUUUCAGAUUCGGAUCUCAAACUGUUUUUUUGAGACAAUCCAAGAUUUGAUUAUGUAUAUUAAUAUAUCAUUUUGGCAUUGCAAAAUUAUGGAUGAAGAGAUAACUUUUCACGUGUGUCCUAAGGAGUGGGACUCCCUGUCCAAGAAGCGCUUUAGCCCGGGUCGUUUGCACAGCAUUUGGCAUGACCUGGAUGGCCAGACACGUCGCCGCUACCGGCAGCUCUCAACCCGAGCGGAGGAGGUUUACCAGCAGAUGCUGCUAUCCAGAUUUCGCGUGUUCAGCGUGCUGAAGGAGCUGAUUGACUUAGCUCCAGGCCCAGCACUAAAUGGCUACUUUCUCUACAUGCAGAAAUCCAAGCAAGAGAAGACGCUGCCACCCUGGAGUGAAGCGAAGGAGGAGUUCGAUCAGCUGGCGAUGGUUGAGAACGCGAAGCUCAAAGAUCAGCAGAAGCUAUGGAUAGAGGUGUGCCUAGGCGGGGGGUGGACGCUUGAAAGAAGUGUUUUCUUCCCACGCAGCGCGCUGAAGUGCAUGCUGACGCUGCUACUUUGUCACAAGCGAAGCACAUUAUCAUGUGCCAAAGAUAUCUCUCACCAUGUCUGGCUGGAGCACAUCUUUCCUUUCAUCCCUUGCUACUGGUUUGCCAAAGUCACCUGAGCGGAGUCGAGGGCCUAUUGCAAAUUGGACGCGCGCGAAAGUGCGGCGCUCCAAGGAAAGCUGGAAAGCUAAAGAACUCAGUGGCUCAAAA